CGCCCGCUGGUCCGUGGGGCUCUGGGCGGCCGUGUCAGACGCCGAGGCAGCUGGGGCCCGGCUGGGAUCGCCGGUGUUUGCACCCGAGGGUUGCAUCGUGUGCGUGGCUGUGCCCCCCGCCGGUGCAUCGCCAGCGCACCCGUCCCUGCAGGAGAUAAACUUCCCUCGGCCGAGUCUGCAAGAUUGAGAGGAGCUGGGCGAUUAGAAGUCGGCUCGCUGUGAAGGUUUAUUGAAGUCAAAAUGUCUCAAAAAAUUCGUGGCGGUUCUGUGGUAGAGAUGCAAGGAGAUGAAAUGACACGAAUCAUUUGGGAGUUGAUUAAAGAAAAACUCAUUUUUCCAUAUGUGGAACUGGACCUGCACAGCUAUGAUUUAGGCAUCGAGAAUCGUGAUGCCACCAAUGACCAGGUCACCAAGGAUGCCGCAGAAGCUAUAAAGAAGUACAACGUCGGUAUCAAGUGUGCCACCAUCACCCCUGAUGAGAAGAGGGUUGAGGAGUUCAAGUUGAAACAGAUGUGGAAGUCACCAAAUGGCACCAUCCGAAAUAUUCUGGGUGGCACUGUCUUCAGGGAAGCUAUUAUCUGCAAAAAUAUCCCCCGGCUCGUGAGCGGGUGGGUAAAGCCCAUCAUCAUAGGUCGUCAUGCGUAUGGGGACCAGUACAGAGCAACUGAUUUUGUUGUUCCUGGGCCUGGAAAAGUAGAGAUAACCUACACACCAAGUGAUGGAUCCCAAACAAAGACAUACCUGGUACAUAACUUUGAAGACGGUGGUGGUGUUGCCAUGGGGAUGUACAAUCAAGAUAAGUCCAUCAAAGAUUUCGCACACAGUUCUUUCCAGAUGGCUCUGUCUAAGAGUUGGCCUUUGUAUCUGAGCACCAAAAAUACUAUUCUGAAGAAAUAUGAUGGGCGAUUUAAAGACAUCUUUCAGGAGAUAUAUGACAAGCAGUACAAAUCCCAAUUUGAGGCCCAGAAGAUCUGGUAUGAGCACAGGCUCAUCGAUGACAUGGUGGCCCAAGCUAUGAAGUCAGAGGGAGGCUUCAUCUGGGCCUGUAAAAACUACGAUGGCGACGUACAGUCAGACUCCGUGGCCCAAGGUUAUGGCUCUCUCGGCUUGAUGACCAGCGUGCUGAUUUGUCCAGAUGGGAAGACGGUAGAAGCAGAGGCUGCCCAUGGGACUGUAACACGUCACUACCGCAUGCACCAGAAGGGACAGGAGACAUCUACCAAUCCCAUUGCUUCCAUUUUUGCCUGGACCAGAGGGUUAGCCCACAGAGCUAAGCUUGAUAACAACAAGGAGCUCGGCUUCUUUGCAAAGGCUUUGGAAGACGUCUGUAUUGAGACCAUCGAGGCUGGCUUCAUGACCAAGGACUUGGCUGCUUGUAUUAAAGGUUUACCCAAUGUGCAACGUUCUGACUACUUGAAUACGUUUGAGUUCAUGGACAAACUCGGAGAAAAUUUGAAGAUAAAACUAGCUCAGGCCAAACUUUAAGAUCAUUCCUCAACUCAGGAGGACAAGUGUUUUUUGUUAACUACGUCCACUGGUUUACAUUUUUCUGUAUAACAUUCAAGGGAAGGGCAGAAUCAAUUUUGUAAUUUGUUUAGAAGUCAGAGUUUUAUCUUUUCUAUAAGUUUACAGCCUUUUUCUUAUACAUACAGUUAUGCCACUUCAAGAAUGUGGCUGGAGACUUUUUAAAUUUAAAUUUUAUUUUCUACUAGUAGCUUAGGAAUUACUUUAGUGCUGAUUUGUACUCGCUGUCACUUUUUCUCAUGUUCCGCUAUAAAUGACCAAAAUGAAGAGCGCUUAAAAGGUACACUGUAGCCACGGUUUUGGUCCCUAAAAUUGUGUAGAGUCAAAAUUCACUCCCUUCCCCACUCUCCAUGGCCUGGGCUCUGGGUGCUGUUGGUGUAACAGGCGUCCCAUCAUGUGAGGUCCUUGACUUGUGAGGUCCAGCUGCACCUUAAACUUGCCCAAGAAUUGGAACGAAGAGCGUGGGUGCAACUAAAAUGUGUUGAAGACACAGCAGUCAUUUGUGCAAAGAGCUCUCACUGAAUGUUUCGAAAUGUUAAAUGUUUCUGAAGCCGCUGCAGAGCUCAGAAUCCAGAAUAAGUCCUACCUGGGGUUUGUCCCCUGUGUUUGUCUUCCCUUCCUGGCCUUGUGUGGUCUCAGUAUUAUGUACCACCAACAGUGUGUUUUAUUCAAGUGCAAUAAUACGAGCUGCACCUUUUUUGGACUUCUGGCCUGUUUUAUGUCCUUCAUAUAAAUGUGAUUUUUCAGAAGUUGAUUUUAAACACUAUUCUGAUCUGUUCUUUAUCUGAACUGUUAAUUUUAAUUAAAAUUAAGUGCUAAUGACUAA